AUGGCGCCUCCAUCAACCUCCGCCUCCGUCACAACGACGUCCUUAUCGGACUUUGACGCCGAGAGCGCCAAAGUACUCUCACCCUCGGCUUUGGUACAUGUGGUUCUGCAGACGGCGAAUCUCGAAGCCAUGGUGGAAUUUUAUGUGCAAUUUCUAGGCGGCACCAUCUGCCACCGUAACAAGAUGCUGGCCUUUAUCACAUACGACGACGAGCACCACCGCAUCGCGCUAAUCGGCAUUCCCUCGCUAGCACACAAGAACAACGGCACCAACGGGCUCGACCACAUUGCCUUUAGCUUUCCGACUCUGGCAGCGCUGCUGCUGGCGUACCGACAGCGCAGGGCUCGCGGCAUGCUCCCCGUCUGGAGCGUCAACCACGGGCCGACGACGAGCCUGUACUACAAGGACCCCGACGGCAACAAGCUAGAGACACAGGUGGACAACUUUGAGUCGGUGCACGACGCCACCGUCUUCAUGCAGAGCCCGGCCUUUGCCGAGAACCCGAUUGGCACAGACGUCGACCCCGAGGCGCUGAUUGCUGCGCUACAGGCGGGCACGCCGGAAGCGGUGCUGAAGAAGCGACAAGAGAUAGGGCCGCGGGGUCUGCCCGACCUGGACAACAUGUGA